CAUAUCCAGCGCACGGGAUAUAUAGCUCUUUUCCGUAGUUCCAAGAAAUACCUGGGUUGUACCAUAGUAGAUGGCACGAUGUUUUUGUGAGGCGUCAGAAUGCUCUGCAUGUAUUGCCGCUGAAGAUGGUCCGUGCGCAGGGAUCACUAAAGCGCUUCCCGGGGAGAUGGCUACCGUUCGAAGAAGCGCGUUCUCUGGUCCGGAGUCACAACCUGCAGAAUCGUGACGAAUACCAGCAUUUUAACCGAUCUCUCCGGCCGAAAAACGUACCGACGAAGCCAUGGGUGAUAUACGCAGAUGAGUACCGUGGUUUGAACGAUUUUUGUGGUUACACGAAUUAUGGGCGAUGGCGUCGCGUGUCGACGGAGCCAGUACCUGAUAGGAGCGUCUGCGAUGCUGCCGCCGCAGUUCGUAAUCGGUUUCGCCAGGAGGACGGUGUGAGAUGGUUCCGCGAUCGCGUUGCUCACCUUUGUCCAGAAUUUGAGUUCGUCGCAGCACCCGCUCUCUGCUGUGUGAGCGUUUUUUUCCGGCUGAAAACUGACACCUCUAGCGGAGCAGUUUGGUUGCCUCUUCGUCUCUCGUUCUCCUGUGCGCCGAGGAAGCUGCGUAUUCCUGUCAAGCCGAAAGAGCAGACUGCAGAGUACAAGUUCAAAAUAGGGCGCGGUCCGGCAACAUCGGAUGUGAGCGCGCGUGUGGGGCACCUUCUCAUCGGCUUGCGCGACGAGCUUCUUCAGGUGCGGGGGCCGACGGUCGUUGUUCAGCGACAAAUCCGAUGGGAAAAUGUCCGCGUCACCUGCAUGGAAAACAUCAGCGAGGCCGGGUAUCUGUCGAGCGUUCUUGUGGCUCUUUGGAAGGAACACGCUGACGCUGCCCGAUCUGUGACCGACUGGAUGCCGGACGUGUACCGAGACCACCGCAAGCGUCUGCGGAGUCAGUUCAUAAAAAAGGUUCACGAUUUGGUGUACGAAAAGUGCGGUUUUCAUCUACAGUGCUGCAACCGUUUUGGUGAUGCAACUGACGCUGUUCUCGACGGGCACGUCAGACUUUCUCAUCGAAUGAUCAAAUGGAGCAGAAGACCGGCGAAUAACCGAGUUGAGCUGUCUCACGAUCUCGGUGGGGUGUGCACACCGUAUCGUUUUGAUCCCGAAACCUCGCCCCACUUCGUCGUUGCGCUGUACCCUCUGCAAACUCGCUCGCGAACGCGCUUAUCGAGCGAGAGAUCGCCUGCGGCGGCCGAAAGCGAUGAGGCGGAGCUGCGAGGGAUGUGGGUACUACCUAGAUCGGAAUUCCUACAUUGUUUUACACAUGCAGAACACCCAGCAUAUGGUCGUACUACUCUUCCAAUAUACAGACCCGAUGCGGUGUUGUCAAAGCCAGAAGCAAUCUGGAACCAGAAACGGCAGCUCAGAUUUUUCAUCGAUCUUUCCACGCCUGAAGAGCUAGAAAUCGCUGUGGGUAAAGUAAAAGCAAUCAUAGAUGCGCAUCUCGGUAAUUGCACUACUAGACCGAACGAGAUAUUUACAGGAGAAUCGGAGGUGCAACGGAUUCAGGAUCUGAAAGCAUCCAAGAGCGGGUAACAGCAC